UAUAUAUUCAUAAAUUUAUAGAGAGCCCCUGACAAAAUUAUAGAGAGCCCUGAUUGUGGACCGGCCUUGUUAACCUUUCCUACUCUUCCGACCACUUUCCUCCGCCGCCGACCUCGCGUCGCCGCCAUCGUUACAGAUGAAACUCUCAUUCUCCUUACCUUCAAAGACAAAUUCAAAGUCAAACUCCAUAAAGCCAUCGAAUAACUUUGGGGAUGAUAGCAAGAACAGCAGCAAUGCUGAGGAUUCUAAAAAAUUUGUCACUGAAUUUAACGCAUCUGAAAUCAUAACCGACAAUGACAGGCGAAAGGAUUUGGUUAUCCCUCCUAUACAAAAUGAGUGGGAGCCCCGCAAAAAGAUGAAAAUUUUUGAACUUCCAAUUGUGCAAUCUGAUGGCUCUGGUGGUCUUAAUUUUGAGGUUGAAUCAUUGUCAGCUGUUGCAGAGGCCAAUGAUUCAAAGAUGUCAUAUGGCCUCAACCUGAGGAAGUCUACUAAGGGUGCUGAGACUGACAGCCAGGAUCAAGUCAAUGGUUCAGAUUCUAAAUCUCCAGAAAUGGAACCAUCAAGAAUUGCUCCUUCAGCAGAAGAUGGUUUGCUUCAGAAAUUAAAGUAUGACCUGCAGAGGUUGCCUGAGGAUCAGGGCAUGGAGGAGUUUGCAGAUAUGCCCGUGGAGGGCUUUGGUGCUGCUUUGCUUGCUGGGUAUGGAUGGUAUGAAGGGAGAGGCAUUGGGAAGAAUGCUAAGGAGGAUGUCAAGGUAGUAGAGUACCACAAGAGGACAGACAAGCGUGGUUUAGGGUUUGUGAAUGAUGAUGUUCCCACGCGUGAUGUGAAUCCUACACAAAAAUCAAACAACAAAGGAAAAGAGAAUGAUAAGGAGAAAAAGAAAGAAAAGGGCAGAGGGGAUAGGGAUAGAGAGAGGGAAGGUGCAACUUCUGUAGAGAAGGACGUGCGGAUAGUUGGGGGCAGGAAUGCAGGUCUGAAAGGAAGGAUUGUUGAAAAACUGGGUCAUGAUAGACUAGUUGUGAGGCUUUCGAGGAGUGAAGAGUUGGUGACACUGCAAGUUGGGGAUGUUGCGGAGCUGGGUUCUAAGGAAGAGGAAAGAUGCUUGAAGAGAUUGAAGGAAUUGAAGAUUAAAGAAAGAGGCUUAAAGAGAGUAGAGGAGUCAAGGAGUCAAGACAGAUCAGAAAUUAAGGCAAGUAAGCCAGUGAGGGAGGAGGGAAGAAGAGACAGUAAAAGCCUCAAUAAUCAAAGUAGGAAUUCAAGUAGCAUGGGGCAAAUAUCUUGGCUUUGUAGCCAUAUCCGAGUUAGGAUCAUUAGCAGAGACUUGAAAGGAGGGAGACUGUAUUUGAAGAAGGGAAAGGUGGUUGAUGUGGUAAGUCCAAGGAUCUGUGACAUAUCCAUGGAUGAGAGCAAUGAGCUUAUUCGGGGUGUCUCACAAGAUCUUCUUGAGACUGCACUUCCCCGACGAGGGGGACCAGUUCUUGUAUUGUUUGGGAAACAUAAAGGAGUCUAUGGCAGUCUUGUGGAGCGGGAUUUGGACCGAGAAACCGGUGUUGUUCGAGAUGCAGAUACUCAUGCUUUGCAUAAUGUCCAUCUAGAACAGGUUGCAGAGUAUAUCGGGGAUCCAAGCUAUCUUGGCUAUUGAGUCUUGUGCAGCAAUUUCGUUAGAUAUAUAAUUUAUGACUCUUCCUUUUGAUCAUUAACUAUUUCAAACUAAUAUUACUUGUACUAGCUGAUCUAUAAGGCUUUCCAGAAUUCACUCAUAUAAUUAUUUUACUGAUAGAUUUGAUCGGGUC